AUGAGCUGUGGAACGGGCCAAGGACCGGACCAGGCAGACACUGUCGCCUUCUGGCGCAGCCUGUGGUCAGAGCCCGUAGACCACAGCGAGGGCCCUUGGACACAAGUCGUGGCGAGCCAAUGUGCAGACAUUACACCCAUGGACCCCGUCGUCAUAACACCCGACGACGUAUCUGAGGCAGUCCGUAGAGCCCCGAACUGGAAAAGUCCGGGACUCGACGGGCUGCAUCACUACUGGCUGAAGGGGUUCGUGGUAUGUCAUGCUGUGCUCGCCCGACAGUUCCAAGAGGCUCUCGAUCAGAGGUCGCUCCCGAGCCUCUUUACUACUGGGGUCACUCAUUUGGUUCCUAAAGAUCAGGUUACCACAGACCCGAGUAAGUACCGCCCCAUAACGUGUCUACCUACAAUCUAUAAGACACUGACAUCUAUUCUGAGCAUGAGAAUCACCCGGCAUAUUAAUAUGAAUCGGAUUAUGUCUCGUGCUCAGAAUGGAUGUCGGGGCGGUGGUCGUGGAACCAAGGAACCACUUCUCAUCGACGCGGUCAUUGGCAAAAUGGUUAAACGCAACCGUCGGAACUUCUCCGCCGCCUGGAUAGACUACAGAAAGGCGUUCGACUCGGUGCCCCAUACAUGGUUAGGGAGGGUCCUCGAACUGUACAAAGUAGACUGUACAGUAAGAGACUUCCUCGGGCACUGUAUGGGGCAAUGGAGUACGAUCCUUUGUCAUCUAGGCGAGCGGAUGACGGCUGCGGAAUACCGGAUAAGGAUACGACGGGGUAUUUUCCAGGGCGACUGUUUGAGUCCAAUAUGGUUUUGCCUCUCCCUGAAUCCUCUCAGCGUAUUCAUAUAUAUAUAUCAGGCUCGGGGGGAGGAUUUCAGCUUCGGAGAGGAGGGACAAAAG